GUUUUAUUUUUCGUAUGUUUUUCACACUUUAAUGUUUCACAUCUUCAAACUCAUCGUAAUAUUGAACAAUGAUAACAAAGUAAACACAAAAUGCAGUUUUAAAAGACGAUUUCAUUCAUUAAGGGAACAAACAUGUCAAACCUACCUGCCCUGUGUGCAAACUGCCCCCCAACCCUGAUGGCUGUUCCCCCGCGGCAGCAGCAGCUGCAGUCAGUUAUUCCUUCAGUGAGUUUUUCACGUCACUGUGGGGGAUUUUUCGCCCACUCUUGGAGGGUUUUCCAACACGAAGCAUCUCAGUCUUCUAGGCCAAACCCUUCAUGUGGGCUGGCAUUCUCUUUUUUAUUGUUGAAUGUCGACCUCUGACCUUAAGUGUUCCGGGUUCCUGUUGACUUGGAAUUAUUCUGCAGCAUGAAUUAUGAUCGACCCGUCCAGCCCGGGUUAUCUUUGUCUAAUGUUGAAAUGUGCUUGCUGAUCUGAAACAUGUAAGCGAUUGACUUUCUUCUUCCUCCCAGCUGCGAUGCUGUCCUCCUUCCUCCUCCUCGUCUUCCUCCCUCUCUGUCUGGGGUGUCAGACCAGCUCGUUCACCGAGUGUCAGAAGGUCCCCUUCGUGCCGGGUCACAAUCUGGUCGGCGAGGGUUUCGAUGUGGUGAAGCUGCAGACCAGCGGGGCCCUUGUGGUCAACGUGAAGGACUACAUGGUGGGGGGUGCUCAGGGGAACUGCACCGUGUGCCACAACCGCCUCCUCAACCAGGUGCCUCCCUCCCAAAGCUCUUUCAGCAGUUUCAGUCGUGCCGCUGCUGUUUCUGCUCACUCACAGAGAAAUGCUGUCCUCCUCCCACAGAUCCAGAAGCUGCCCGUUUCAGUGCUCGACUGGCGCAUCAAGGUGCAGUGCGAGCACAGCCUCAGCAGCAAGCUCUUUGAGUCCAGCCAGUCAGUGAUGAAGGAGAGGAGUUCAUCGCUGGGAGUCAGCUGGAAGGUGGGCCUCGGCAUUAAGGGAAUUGCUGGUGUCGCCAUCGGAGGAUCUCACUCCAUGUCAUCAACGUUUGCAGAGUCUCGCAGCCGGAGUGAUAAGUUUAGCUUCACUAGCCACGAAUUCAAAUGCAAAUACUACACCUUCCGUCUUCACUCCCGUCCCCCACUGAGCAAAGAGUUUGAGGUCUCCCUGAAGAACCUUCCCUCCACCUAUGAUCACAAAAACACCUCCGCCUUCCGUCAGUUUAUCUCCAUCUACGGGACCCACUUUAUCCGCAGAGUUCAACUCGGGGGUCGGGUUCACUCCAUGACCGCAAUCCGGACCUGCCAAACCUCCAUGUCUGGACUGUCAAUCCAGGCUGUCAGCACCUGUCUGUCUGCCGAAGCCAGCGCAACCAUUAAGGGCAUCCCUGUUCACGCCUCCAGUGAGUUCUGCCGCCGGAAGAGCAAGAGCCUUAAAACCGCUUCAACCUUCAGUACGGCCUUCUCCGACAGGAAGACCCAGGUGCUGGGCGGAGAUGGGGGUAUAACGGACAUCCUGUUCAAUCCCAGAGGGUCUGAGGGGUAUAAGAAAUGGCUUGCGUCUCUGAAGAGUGUCCCAGGAGUGGUUUCCUACCAGAUCAGCCCUCUGCACUUAUUGAUAAGAGACAAUCCCAUCCUAAAGGCCAGCCUGCGAGACGCCAUCAGUGACUACAUUCUCACAAGCGCCAAGCCGCUCCACUGCCCCGCCAACUGCAAGAUUGGCCACCGGAAGCAGAACUGCGCGUGCCAGUGUCAAGGUCAUCGAAUGGUUGACUCCCAUUGCUGUCCUGCUGCGGCAGGUGUAGCUCAGAUGAACGUGACGGUGGUCCGAGCUGAGGCACUGUGGGGCGACUAUUUCAGCAAGACAGACGGAUAUGUUAAAGUUUUCUACAACAACCAAGGAGGCACGACGCCAGUGAUCUGGAACAACAACUUCCCCCAGUGGAACUACCUCUUUACUUUUGGAAGCAUUAACCUCAAAGAACGAAAACCCGUUGUUUUCGAGGUUUGGGAUCGGGACAGCAUCUGGGACGAUGACCUGCUGGGGAAAGUGUCUGUCAUCCCCACGAUGGGUCGAAACAUCAACAAGAAGUUCAAGCUGAAGCACGGCUCAGUGGUGGUCCGCCUGUCUGUCGUGUGCGGUCCCAGCCUGGAGGGGUCGCUGUGCGAGCGCUACAUCCCCUCGCCUACCUACCAGGACGUGAUGGGAUAUGCAAAGAACCACCAGUUCUGAAACUGGAGGAAAAAGCAGUGCAUGGAUUACAAAAUAAUUUAAGAAAAUCCAAGCAAGCAUGAAAUGUUGAUGUUAUCUCAAUACCGGUCGCCAACACCAACCCACAGAUGGGACAAAACCUUUGAUUUGUUCAUUGUAAUGUAGAAAUAAAAUGCAUGUUUCUGUCUCUUUAAACCCAAUACAAUUUGAUUGAUGAGUAAUUUGGCCACAAAAAGCCAUCUCAGGCAGACCAGUAUCACCAGAGGAAAAGACUGAAACCAGUUAUAGUGAUGUAUGAGUAAAAUGUCUCAUUUGUAUGGUGAAUUUAACAUAUCUGGACUGUCACAGGAAUCAUCCUCUGUCCCUGAUAUCAUUGAUAUGAAACCUGUUAUAUGACCUAAGCAGUGUGUAGUCUGUCAGAUCAGUGGGGGGACAAACAUCCCCAAAGGUUGGAAUUUUGCUCAAUUCUCUCAAUCAAGAAGGUUUAAAUUAAAAAACAACAACUUAACACAGAUUUCCUGUUGUUAGAAAGUCCAAGAAGGACAUUCAGCAGACAUUAAAUAAAAAUAUCAGAUCAGAAUCCGAAGGCAGAGAAGGAUGUCCAGAAGGCACUCGAGAAAAACCUAUAGCAACAUUCCUGAAGGACAUCAAGCUAUGUUCAAGGUGGACAUUCAACUAAGAUGUCCAGGACGUAACAUCUUCAACAUCUGCCCAGUUUUCAUUUUGGAACCAACAUCAGACACAGAGAAAAGAUCAGCUGAUGGUUACUGAACUUCAAAACGUUUGCUGUUUGGGAAUCUUCAGCUAUUCCUCUGCGUAGCAUCCAGAUGUUAAACUUCUCAAAAGUCUCCAAAGCAGAAUGAGCUCACAUCAUGGAAACUCACCAGCAGGUUGUUGGAAAAUGACCCGAACACCAACAAAACUUCAAAUCCAAAUGAGCUUCAUCGAUACAACCCAGCAAACACAUCGAUGAACAGCUGCCCAGCUUCUCUUGCUGUCCAGUCUGGGUUGAAAAAGGUUCCAAAAUGAAAAAUGUGCUGAUGACAAAGAAGGAAUUUCACCAUCUGCUGGACAUCAAAUAACCUUUGACCUGUGACAGUCCAGACAUGGUCAGUUUACCAUGGCAACAAGUAGGAUAGAAUUUAGAUGUAAGGUAAGCUUAAUGGCCUCAAAGUGUGGUUCAAAUAUAAAAACAGGUUCUGAUCACAAUCAUUCAUCUGUGCUUCGGUUCUCGCAGUGCUACAGAGACCAGUUUUUACUGGGACGAUACCAUCGCUGUUCCUACCAUGUUUGCUGGGAAGCUUCCCACGGUUGGAGCUUCAGGCUGAUAUUUGGUGGAUUUCCUUUGGUUAUAAUUGGUUUUAUGAAUCAGCUGCAUAAGUAAAACCUUCUAAAUGUGCAGAAAGUUUUUUAGCCUCUGAAUGACUGACAGAAGUACAGGAUGGAGUAUUUUACAGAGUGUUAACUCCACUUUAAAGCUCACAGAGCUCAAACAGUGAUGACAGAUGUAAUGAAAUGGUGAAUAUUUCAGCCGCUGUCAGCAGUCCUGACUGUUAAACAGUCCGAACACACACUGCUGACAGUGUGACACACAGGCUGCGGUAAACUGUCGCUUACUCACUGCUGAAGACUCCUCAGCAGAACAGGAACAAACACAAAUCCAACAUGUUUGCAAUGACAGUGUAGUACGUCACCAAUAAAUGACAAUAAUUGAUCAGCUGAAAUUACACCAACCUGUCAUGUUAUGAAUUUAGAAGUCUGUUUGUCGGUUAUGCUUGAGAUUAGAGACCUGCAGGAACAAAACCUAUACCCACUGGCCAAUCAGAUGUCUGGAAAGUAGCGUCCCCCUUCCUGGAAGAUCCCUCAGACUUCCCAGUGCUGACGGAAGCUUUCAGUCCGUCUUUAUCUGAUAAGCAUCAGAACUACAGAUUAGGAGAAACUUUAUUUCUGCUUUUUUCUGUUGGCUGCCAUUUUUAACUAUUUUAAUCUUCUGUAAGUCCUGAUAUUUGACCUUGAGCAGGACAUUUAUUUGUUUUUGCUGAGCUCGUAUUAAAUUUCUAAGCAGAUUAAUCCUGUUUGAA